CUCGACCGUCUCUAGUUCUCAACUUUCAAAAGAGACAAUGUCGAGCGGCACGUACUACGCGUUGUCGGCUGGAACCGCGGUCGCGGCAAUCCUUGUAGCUGGUUCAAUUGUGUCGAUGGUGUCGAUCAUUGGUGAUUUGCAAUCCUUUGAGACUGACUUUGUCGAUGAUAUGAGUGCUUUUAAGCACAAAGCCAACGAUGCUUGGUCUCAAAUGAUGGUUGCUCGUCGCGUCGAAUCACCAACUGAAAGACUUGCCUUCGAAGGAUUGUUCGGACGUGUCAAGAGACAAUAUGCCGGAGGAGACGCCGCUGCUGCUGCUACUCCAGCAAAAGAAGGCUACGCUGAAGGAGCUGGUGGAGGAGGCGGUUGCCAGUGUGCUGCUCAAGCAUCCGGAUGCCCGGCAGGACCACCAGGACCUCCAGGAGAAGCCGGAGCUGAUGGUGAGCCGGGAGAGGCCGGACAAGAUGGAGCUGCUGGAGAGGCUGGUUCUGCUGACACCUACGCUGGAGCCGCAGGCAACUGCAUCACAUGCCCAGCCGGACCACCAGGACCACCAGGACCAGAUGGAAAUGCUGGACCAGCGGGACCAGCUGGAGCCGCAGGACCUGACGGAGAAGGAGCUGGAUAUGCUGAACCAGGACCUGCUGGUCCAGCAGGACCACCAGGACCAGAUGGACAGCCUGGAGCUCCAGGACCAGACGGACAGCCAGGAGCCGGUGGAACUACCAGCACCAACCAACCUGGACCUCCAGGACCAGCAGGACCACCUGGGCCAGCCGGACCAGCAGGAGAGGACGCGUAUGCUCAACCAUCACCAGCCGGAACACCAGGACCACCAGGACCACCAGGAAAAGAUGGAGAAGCUGGACCAGACGGACCAGCUGGAGCACCAGGAACCGAUGGAGCUCCAGGACCAGAUGCUGCCUAUUGUCCAUGCCCACCAAGAACCUUGGGAGCCGGAGCUUAUCCUGAAGGAGGAGAUGCAGCUGCAGCAGCCCCUGCUGGAGGAUACGAUGGAGGUGCCGGUGCUGCCCCUGAAGCAGCUCCAGCCGCUGCUGCCGCCCCUCAACCGGCUCCAGCUCCAGCCGCUGCUGCUGCCCCAGCCGGAGGUUACCAAGGAGGAGCUGCUGCCGGUGCAGCCGCACCACCACCUGCUCCAGCCGCUGCUGCCGCCCCUGAACCGGCUCCAGCUCCAGCAGCCGCCCCACCACCAGCUCCAGCCGCUGGUGGCUCCCCAACCGGAGGAUACCGCCGCAAGAAGGUUCGCCGUGUACUUCGCAUCGUUCGUUCGUAAAGAGGUCCCGACUAUUAUUUGAUUGUCCCUCUUUAUAUAUAUAGAAAAUAAAUAAUUUUC